AAAUAUAAAACAGUAGCCAGACAACGCCUAAGUGUCUUUAGUACCAAAUGAAUAGUAGUUUGAAGAUCUGCAGCGCCCCCUACUGUUUAUACUGAGAAGAGAUUCAUGACUACAUUUUUUUGAGGAUCAAUCUCACUUUCAUUUUUUUUGUAAAAGAGGAGCUAUAUGGGACGCGUUGCAUGUACAGGGACUGUCCUGAGCGAAGAACACGAGCCUAUAACUGUGUUAUCCUCUCCAUGGCAUCCUCCAAUGUUCCACUAAAUGAAGAGCUCCAGUGUUCCAUCUGUCUGGAUGUGUUCAAUGAUCCAGUCACCACUCCGUGUGGACACAACUUCUGCAGAGGCUGCCUGAACAAGUGCUGGAAAACCAGUCGAGGCAGUUUCUGUCCAAUCUGUAAUGAAAAAUUCAGCAAAAGACCUCAUCUCAAGAUUAAUACAACACUCAGAGAAGUUGUGCAACACUUUAAGGAGAAGCUUGAGGUAGGAAGAUCCGAGGUGUUCUGUGACAUCUGUGAUGAAAGAAAGCAGAAAGCCGUGAAGUCAUGCCUGAUGUGUCAAAGCUCUUACUGUGACACUCACCUGGAGCCUCAUCACAGAGUCCCACGUUUAAAGAAACACACACUGAUCAAUGCUGUGGAAAAUCUAGAGGAUUAUAUAUGCCAGAAACACCAGAGACCAUUGGAGUUGUUCUGCAGAGAUGAUCAGAACUGUGUGUGUUUGUCCUGCACUGAAGGAGAACACAGGAUGCACAACACUGUUCCUAUAGAUGAGGGAAGUCAAGAGAAGAAGAAUCAGAUGGUUAAGGCACAGACAGAUUUGCAGCAGAUGAUCCAGGGCAGAAUGAAGAAGAUUCAAGAGAUCAAGCACACAGUAGAGCUGAGAAAGAAAGAGAAAUCAACCAGUGUUGAACUCUUCACUGACCUGAGGUGCUCCUAUGAGAGAUGUCAGUCUGAGCUGCUGGAGAAAAUGGAGAAGCACCAGAAAGCAACAGAGAAUCAGGCCAAAGAACUCAUUAAAGAGCUGCAGCAGGAAAUCGCUGAGCUUAAGAGGAGACACACUGAGCUGGAGCAGCUCUUACACACUGAGGAUGAUUUGCACCUCCUACAGAUUUGCCCAUCCAUUUGCAUUCCUAUACGAACUAAGAACUGGACUGAAAUCAGUACUGACUUUAAUAUGAACGUUUGCACUCUCAAUAAAGCUCUAAUUCAGCUGAAGGAGUUAGAGACUCUACAUAAAAACCUUGGUCAAAUUGUGUUGAGGAUGAUGCAGCAGUAUGCAGUGGAUGUGAUUCUGGAUCCAGAUACAGCUUAUCCUGAACUCAUCUUGUCUAAGGAUGGAAAACAAGUCUGUCAUGGAGGCAUUAAGCAGAAACUUCCUGACAAUCCAAAGAGAUUUGAUUCAUGUUUAGAUGUUCUGGGAAAAGAGGGUUUCUCUUCAGGGAAAUUUUAUUUUGAGGUGCAGGUGAGGGGAAAGAUUGAGUGGGAUUUAGGAGUGGCCAGAGAAUCCAUAAAUAGGAAGGGAAAGGUCAGACUGAGCCCUGAGGAUGGAUGCUGGGCAUUAGUUCUGAAGAAUGAGAAUCAGUAUAAAGCUUGUGAAAAACCCUGUGUCUCUCUGUCUCAGAGAGAGAUGCUUGAGAGGGUGGGUGUGUUUGUGGAUUAUGAGGAGGGUCUGGUCUCUUUUUAUGAUGUGGAGACCAGCUCUCAUAUAUACUCUUUCACCAGUCAGUCUUUCACUGACAAACUCUAUCCAUUUCUCAGUCCAUGUUAUAAUGAAGGUAAGAACUCAAACCCACUGAUCAUUUUACCUGUCAUUUCAUAUGAAUAAAUAUACAUACCAAAACAAACAUCCAUGAUCAAAAUUUCAGUAAAGAAUUCUAAAACAUUUUAAGCAAUCACAUGAGAUUUAAAAGCCAUGUGACUAAUCUGGAGAUAUGCAAAAAAUAACAUCAUGACAACAUCAUGAAAUGUAAAUAUGUACUUGUUACAUGUCCCAAAUGAAGACUAGUGGAUCAUUGACGUAUGUUGAUGAUGAGGUCUGAAGUUGAAUCUGUUUGGUCUGAUUGAGAGCGCCCUGGUCCACCAGAUGGUUCAUGUACUCCUUAUACUGCAGAGUCCAACAAAUAGCCUUGGCUGAAGGGAGACAAGGGAACAUGGAAUUAUUGACAAUGAAAAAAAACAUUAUAAUAAGAAACAAUUGUUUAUCAUUUUGAAUAGUCAUGGCUGUUUACAGCAACAGCUUUGUUUGGGAAACAUUAAAACUAAAACUUUACUUAACAUUUUAUCACUACUGGUUUUCAAUUCUCGCUCUUUGCUCGCUGCUCACAUGACUGACAUAUAGUCACCCUAAGAUUUUUUCCAUAUGUAAAACAACCUGUUUUUCUUUUUAAAUUCUGCAAUAUGAAUAUUUGUUCACCCCCACACUUGCUUUCAUUCAUCCAUCAUUGUCAUCAUUUUCAUUGCACAUUUAUAUUCAUAAUGCAAACAACACAUUUUGGGCCACUGACUUUUUGCAAUUUCAUAAAUAAAUGGAAAUUCAACCAAUUCCUCAAACAUUAUGUGUCAUAGCUUGAUUAUUUUGUGCAUUUUACACUAAAUUUAUGGAAAACAGAUUCAUCGGCUAAUGAAGAUUCAUGAAUCCCAAGCCUCAUCACCAAGUGAUUUGUGACAAAAGCAGCUACAAAUUCAGACAUUCUGGGACA